CAUCCGUUUUUUUAAAGAAAAAAAACAAGCCACACCACCAACCAUGGAAGAAACCCGGCGCUCCCGGAAGGACCUCAAGAAGAGCCAUGCCGACUCGUGGCCCAGCCGGACUUCGCUGCCGGCCAGCCCCAAGAUCAUCAAAACCACCGAGGACGAUCCGGACAGUGAGGUGUUCGAUUACUGUCAGUCAUCUUCGUCGCACACCGGAACCACCCCCACGAUGACGUCCUCCUCAAGUGGGGCGGUCCAGUACGAGUACGGUGCCAUCAGUCCCCGGUUCGAGCGAAAUCGGUUUGAGUUUUGCUAUCCGACGGUGUCGAAGGAAGAUUUCUCCAACAGCAUAUCGCUGGACAAUCAGGACAUGGAGCGGAAGAAGAAGAGGAUUUAUCCGAGCAAAACGCCGGAGAAUUCACUGGAAAAUGAACCAAUUAUGGACGCCUCGACGACGUCGGCCAGCUGCAGCUCUACGCGGGCGGCCAAAUCUCCGAGCGCCUCGCCCCGCCAUUCACCUCGCCAUUCACCCCGACAUUCGCGCCGACAGCUCAACAGCGAAAUAAAUAUCACCGCCAAUCCCGGCUAUCAGGUGCUUCGCAAUUCCCACUCGACUCUGGACCGAACGUGUUCCGACAGUGUGGUGUCUUUGAACUGCCACAAGUCCACCAGCGAUUUGACGACGCAACCGAGCGAUCCAACCGGAAGUGGGGGUGGAGCAGCUGCUCCAGGACGGAAGGGUCGGCGAAGGAGCAGCCACAAGGGUGGACUGUACAUCCUGGCCAGCCGAAAGAAUUCGCGAGAUUCGAUCAAGAGCGGUGCCUCCAACACGUCCGUGUUUUCCAAUGAGGACGUUGGCCCUCUGGCAUUUCAGGCAUCGGCCCGGGGAAGACAGCGGAGGACGUCCAACUUUUUGGAGCUACCGAUUCCGGACCAUGCCCGGCCCCGGGUCUGCUCGCUUCCGGAACGGCCGUACAAUCCCCGGCAGAGCGACGAUCUGUACCGGUUGCGGCAUUUCUCCAUCAGCAAGGGCACCGUGGUCAACUGUGGGGAUUCGAUUAUUUCACGGCGGUCCCGGAGCAACACCAGCGUCAAUUCAACAGCCAGUCGUGCCAGCGAGCGGUCGCCCUUCGAUGGAUCCUGCUGCGGGGGUGGAUACGCUACGGUGGAUUCCCUGCCCUCGUCCCCGGUUGCCGACGAGGAUGACAGCGAACCCAUCACCACGAGAUACCGGGUAGUGAUGGUUGGCGAUUCUGGAGUCGGGAAAACGGCUUUGGUGUCCCAGUUUAUGACGUCCGAGUACAUGCACACCUACGAUGCGAGCUUGGAUGACGAGUUUGGCGAGAAAACCGUUAGCAUUCUGCUGGACGGCGAGGAAUCCGAGAUGAUAUUCAUCGAUCACCCGAACGUGGAGAUGAGCGUGGAAAACUCGUUAUCAACCUACGAACCCCAUGCCUGCGUCGUUGUCUAUUCGAUCGUGGAUCGGAACUCGUUCCGCGUGGCCGAGGAAAUCCUCAACUAUCUGUGGUCCGAAAAGUACACCAAGGAGAAGGCCGUCAUCAUCGCGGCAAACAAGUCCGAUCUGGCCCGGUCCCGGGUGAUCAAUACCGCAGAAGGCAAACAGUUAGCAACAUCGCGAGAGGCGAAAUUCAUCGAAACGUCCAGCGGAAUUCAGCACAACGUCGACGAACUGCUGGUGGGUGUACUGAAACAGAUCCGGCUAAAGGAACAGCGCGAGAAGAGGGCGAGUGCCACCAAUCUUCGAAACUCCCGCACCCAGAUGUCGCUGCACAUCGCCAAGGAGAUCCUGCACAAAAUUUGCCUCACCGACAUCACCAAAUCGAAAAGCUGUGAAAAUCUUCACGUGCUGUAAUGAGCCGGGCACAAAACAAAUUAAAACUUGCCAAGUACCUAACCUUGUUCCUCGUUCAGUCAUUCCUGGAGACUGGAGCUCCUCAGACAGAAAAAAAACAAACCUAAGAAUCCCAAGCACUGCUCAACCAAAAAAAAACAUAAUCCCUCAAAAAUCUAUGCAUGAAAACAGGUCCAGAAAAAAUCAGAUUUCAUUUCAUUUGAUAAGUCAACUCGGCUGGCAUCAAAAACAGUCACCCGACGAAACAAGAAAACAGAAGACAGACAGGUAAUCCUUCUAAGCCUUUUGAGU